AUGGCCGACAAGAGGAAGCGCCGCCGCGCCGCCGACUCCGACGACGAAUCCGACCCGCUCCAGUUCAAAUCCAAGCUCAAGCCCGACUCCUCCAUCCUCCAGAUCCUCAAAACCCUCAAGUCGUCCGCCGCCACAGCCUCCGCCGCCGCGCGAUCAGUUUCCCUCUCAGAUCUCAACCUCUCCACCGCCUGCCGCGAGGUCUCCGACCUUCCCCUCUCCUCCGUCCAGUCCUCCAUCGAGUCCCUCGCCCUCUCCCUCGCCCGCUCCAUCCUCGCCGGCGACGGCUUCUCCUUCUCCGUCCCCUCACGCGCCGCCGCCAACCAGCUCUACGUCCCCGAGCUCGACCGCAUCGUACUCAAGGACAAGUCCUCCGGCCGCCCCUUCGCCAGCGUCUCCUCCGUCCGCAAGGCCACCAUCACCACCCGCAUUCUCCAGCUCAUCCACCAGCUCUGCCUUAGGAGCAUCCACGUCACCAAACGUGACCUCUUCUACACCGACGUCAAGCUCUUCCAAGACCAGUCCCAGUCGGACGCCAUCCUCGACGAUGUUUCCUGCAUCCUCGGCUGCACCAGAUCCAGCCUGAACGUGGUCGCAGCUGAGAAAGGCGUCGUGGUCGGCAGGCUCAUCUUCAGCGACAAUGGAGACAUGAUCGACUGCACUAAAAUGGGGAUUGGCGGGAAAGCAAUCCCUCCCAAUAUCGACCGUGUGGGUGAUAUGCAGAGUGACGCCUUGUUCAUCCUCCUGGUCGAAAAAGAUGCUGCUUACAUGAGGUUAGCUGAGGACAGGUUCUACAAUCGAUUUCCCUGCAUAAUUGUGACUGCCAAAGGCCAGCCGGAUGUUGCCACUCGAUUAUUCCUUCGGAAAAUGAAAAUGGAACUGAAACUUCCGGUUCUAGCCCUAGUCGAUAGCGACCCGUACGGGCUCAAGAUUUUGUCUGUGUAUGGUUGUGGGUCGAAGAACAUGUCUUACGAUAGCGCAAACCUCACGACCCCCGAUAUAAAGUGGCUGGGAAUUAGGCCAAGCGAUCUUGACAAGUACAAGAUACCGGAGCAGUGUAGGCUGCCGAUGACCGACACUGAUAUUAAGACGGGUCGGGAUUUGCUGGAGGAGGAUUUCGUGAAGAAAAACGAGGGUUGGGUGGAGGAGCUGAAUCUGAUGGUGAAAUCGAGACAGAAGGCUGAGAUUCAGGCGUUGAGCUCGUUCGGGUUUCAGUAUCUGACGGAGGUAUAUCUGCCCUUGAAGUUGCAGCAGCAGGAUUGGCUCUGA